CCCACUGCUGCUAGAACUAACAAAUCAAAAUUAGACACCAAGAACUAUUUCUAUGUGGGCAGUUACAAAAAGAGGAGCAAUAUACUGAAUAAUUUGAAUUUUAUAUUUUUGUUUUAUUAGCAAAAAAUCAACUCAAGGAAGGCUUGCAAACAUUUAGGGACAAAAAGAAUAACGGAACUUGUUCUCUUCAUGGUCAAUUGUUGUGUUUCAGCUGUACCUCAAGAGCUGUUAGACUGGAAAAGGACGAAGGACAACAACCAACCAGCCAGCCAGCUGCCUCUGCUGUUCUGGAGGAGGUAGCUAAGGAGUUGGUUCUAUCCCCUUGCUUUGCCCUGGCAGGCCUCAACUGGAUGUUGUUGAUGGUUCUGGAAGCAGGGCUGCAACAAGACACCAGGUAUUUUUCCUGAAAUUCUUGGGCGCUGUAUCUCCUGGAUACCAGUCUGCCUGUGCCUCUUGCUGUGGCUUUGUUACAAGUUCUGGAACCUAAGGCUCAGAGAAGAUAAGUCAUUUGCCUAGAGUCAUAUAGCUACUCUUUCUAGGAAUGCUUUCAGAAGCAUAUCUCUUUGGAAUUGCCUACUGGUCUGACAACCACCUCACUUGUACUCCUAGUGAUGAAAAGGUUGCUGAGGAGAAGGCAAUGGAGAUGAACUCUACCAGUAGUAUCCCCUGUUCUUCUGCAGAUGAAGCACAAGACAAAAGUAUUCAUUGGAGAUGCAAGCCUCCUGGAAAUUUUAUUUCUUCAGUCCGUUCGAGAGAAAGUCAACAAAGCAGGAAACAAAAAGUGACAGUGCUAGAAUCAAGUCACAAUCCUCAACUUGAAUGGCAAACUUCUGCUGGGGUUGAAGACUGUGGAGACUCCAAUAUGAGCAGAGAAACCUAUUUGGUUCCUCCUUCCUGUAAAAGUAUUUGCAAGAAUUACAAUGAUUUACACAUUGCUGGGGGCCAAGUUAUGGCCAUCAACUUAGCUGCAACAGAUUCUACCUUGGAAAGCAGCUUUGAAUUUGGCCCACUAUUGAAAUCUUCAGAAAUUCCUUUGCCUAUGGAGGAAUCUAUUUCAACUCAAUUGAGUGAUUUGUCUUGCAAACCCCUUCAAAGACACUCAUCUUACUGGAGAAUAACCAGCAUCAAGGACAAAAGUAUUGUGCCACUUCAGAAGCCUCUUUCCAAUGCCAUGCUGAAUGAAUAUUUGGAGCAGAAGGUAAUGGAGUUGUAUAAACAGUAUUUCAUGGACACUGUAUUUCAUGACAGCUCUCCUAUUCAGAUUCUGGGCUCAGAGCUCAUCAUGACAAGUGUGGAUCAAAUCAGCCUACAGAUAUCACGGGAGAAAAACUUAGAGGCCAUAAAGGCCAAGGAUAUGGUUAUUAACUGCCUGUUACGACUAGUCUCCACUGAAAUCAGCACACCUAGUCUGCAUAUUUCCCAAUAUAGCAAUGUGAGUCUAUGAAAAAGAUAUCUUAAUUCCUCUUACAGUUGAACUCAAAGCUGUAUUCUAUUUAAUUUUUUUUUCCUGAAGAAAGAAAACAGGAAGUAAGAGUGAAAGGUUCAAAUCAUGGAGUAGUUAUGUACAAUGUGUCUCAGAGAUGUGGAAUGAAGGGCAAAAAGGAUGACAGUAAAAUGAAGAAAGAAUACCAGGAAAGAAUAAUAAAUUAUUUUAAAGAACAAGUACAUCAACUAAACAAGAUAAAAACAACUGAACAAAAGAGAAAAUAAACGUCAGGCUCAUAUACUAUUUCAAGAGAAGGAAAAUUACAGUCAAAGGAAAACAAAAACAAAAAGUGUUCUCAGUUUCCAAGUUAAAGAAUUAUCUUUUUGUAUAUUGCCUAGGGCAUUUGGGAAACAUGGAAAAGUAUAGAAAACUGCUAAUAAGGGAGUAGGUUAACACUGUGUUUAUUGCAAAAAAAAAAAAAGGAAAGGAAAAAGAAAAGGAAAAAAAACAUUCCUGGGCAGGUCCAUAUUUUCCAAAUUAUGAAAAUAUGUAUAUUUAUAUUUGUGCUUGUGGUUUUUUUCCCUCUUAUUUUAUCAGAAAAUCACUUAAAGGACCAAUCAUCUAGAGCAUAUUUUUUAGAUGAAGGGAAAUUUCUGUGUUUUUUUCUCUAUAUGGAUGAUUACUUCAGCACAAGUAUGUGAGUAAGUCAUGUUCCCACAUCUACAAGUCUCUGCAAAAAAAAAAGAUUAUCAAAAAGUGAAAGAAAUUGUGACAAUCUGAAACUUCAACUUAACUUUGAUAAGCAGACUUAGAGCUGAAAUAGUACACAGAAGUCAUCUAGUCUUUCAUUUUGCAUAUGAGGUAACUGAGGCCUGGAGAGGUUGAAAGACUUGCCUAAAGUCACACAGAGUGUGACAGAGUUUACACACGAUGACAGUGUUUAGAUUCAAACCCUGGCCCUUUGGCUCCAGAUCCCACACACUUUCCAUGCACCAUAUUGCCUUGGGGAUACUGUGCUUUUAUUAAAGAACAUAACUGGUUGCAUUUCUCAUUUUUGUCCCCUUGAAAGCCUCCAAUACAUACACACACACACACACACACACACACACACACACACACACACAUCCCACAGGAGCCAAGAAUAGAUUUGCCAAACUGCUCUUCCUUGUAAAGUUAUAGAUUCUAAAAUUAAAUAAUAUACAUGCUGGUUUAAGUCUGAUCCUGUAAUAUGUAAUUGCUAAUUUUUUUAAACAAACAUACAAUUUUGUAUAAUGACAAUAAUGGUUUGAUUUGAAAUCUGUGUUUGAAAUAUUAAAGAAAUGUGGCAUAUCUGUAACUUUUCUACAUGUAACAAUAUUGACUUUCUGUGUUUUAAUAAUACUUUCAAAACUUUUAGUGACACCAUACAUUAAAAAAUAACAUGAGAAGCA